CAACUUUUUCCACCUUCACAUGUUUAUUUAUUAUUUCUGUCUGUGUAAUCAAAAUUCUGUUUGCUUUUUGUUUCACUUCUUGUAUCUUUGUUUCAUACUUAGCUUCUGUAUCCCUCUCUUUAUACCCCACAAAAGCAAAGAAAAAGGAACUGAAGCCUGAAGGUACUGAACUGAAGCUCCUCAUAUGACCCUUCAUUUUAGGCGGAUAAACCGGUGAUUUUUUCACAGAUCCAAACUCUACCUAGCUAGCUAAUCUUUUUGGGUAUUGGUUAAGUUUGAGGGAUGCUGAUCUGUGUAGCCAUUUGAAUCUCAUAGAUUGUUUUGCUGUGGAAAUAUGGUUGUGUGAAGCAGAGAAACAAGAGUUAAAAUGGAGGAAGGAUGCGAGUUUAGACAAUGGGAUGAAUUGUUACCCGAUGCGCUUGGGCUAAUAUUUAGAAACCUUUCCCUUCAAGAGGUGCUAACUGUAGUUCCAAGAGUUUGCAAGUCAUGGGGAAAAGCAGUUAAGGGACCUUAUUGCUGGCAAGAGAUUGACAUUGAGGAAUGGAGCAAAAACCGCUGCCCCGAGAACUUUGAUCGGAUGCUUCGAUUGCUUAUUCCAAGAAGCGGUGGUUCCCUCCGUAAACUCUGUGUCUCUGGUCUCUCGGACAAAUCAAGCUUCGAGUUCAUUGCUAACAAUUCCAAAUCUCUGCAGACAUUGCGGUUGCCAAAGUGUGAGAUAAACGAUUCCGUAGUGGAACAGGUUGCCGGAACGUUUUCCAACAUUACAUUUUUGGAUGUAAGCUACUGCAUAAAAAUAGGAGCGAGAGCCCUGGAAGCCAUAGGAAAGCACUGUAAAUACUUGACUGGUUUGCGUCGAACAAUGCACCCCCUUGAGGUUAUUGACAAGCUCUCACAAGACGAUGAAGCCCUUGUAAUAGCUACCACGAUGCAUAAGCUCAAACAACUAGAAAUCGCCUACAUGCUAGUUGGUACAUUGAGCAUAAUGGAGAUUCUUAAGAACUGCAGGCAGCUCGAACUAUUGGAUGUAAGGGGUUGUUGGAAUGUGAAUCUUGAUGAAAACCUUGUCAAGAAAUUCCAUAAGCUAAAGGUUGUCGGACCCCUUGUUGUCGAUUGCUACGAUAAGAAUGGCUGGGACAAUUGCUCGGAUUAUUCGGGUUCUUCUGGCUAUAUACCAUGGGACUUUGUAGCUGGUGACAUUGAUGACGACUUUGAUGAUGAUGAGAUGUCCGAUGGGUAUUGGGAAGACGAUUGGGAAGAUGACCAACGUGUGGAGGACGUGGAAAUGUGGUUUUAUGAUGACUUAAAUGCUGUAGAUUCUGGAUAUGAUUGGCCACAAUCUCCUUGAGGUUUGCUGAACAAAGUUCCCUGAUUCAAUUUCCACAAGUUUUCAUAUACUUAUCUUCUAUAUGCUAUUGACUCUGCUUAUAAUACUACUAUCUAAAUGAAAGUUUGCCUGCUUUCUAAGAUGUAAAUCUGGUUUCCAUGUCCAUCUAUCCUUUUCCUCUUCUUUCUGCUCCUAUUUUCUCCUUUUUUUCGUCGGAUUAUAUGUACUUCCCGGAAUCAUGUAUAAUAAAAUGAUUGCCAUGCUAUCAACUGAUUUAGUUGAGUAUA